AUGUAUUAUCUACCAAAUUGGACAGUAUCAGCUGUAGCGGAUAAUAAAGGCUGUAGUAAUGCACAACAACAAAGAUCAACACCACAAUCUUCUACGACAUCAUCUGUUCAAAAUAAUCAACAAGUGAUUAAAUGCCCACAAGCAAAUUGUCCAAAAACCUUUACCCGGAUGUAUAACCUUAAAGCACAUCUUAGAUCUCAUUCACCAGCACGUCCUUACCAAUGCACAAUGUGCCCAAGAUCUUUCUCAAGAAAACAUGAUCUUCAACGACAUAUUAGAGUUCACACUGGGGUCAAACCUUAUGUUUGCCCAUGUUGUCAUAAGGCUUUUGCUAGAACAGAUGCUCUUCGUAGACAUUUCAAAAUGGAAGAGACCUGUAGAAAUUCUCCUGAAGUUCAAAAUAUGAAAACUAGAAAACGAUAUUCAGAUUUAAAUUGA